AUGAGGCCGGAUCAGAAGUUUCCUUAUUUGUUGGCCGUCGUCGUCGCGGCCGUGCUGUUCGGUGUCUGCUCGGCCCAGAGCCAGCAGUACCACCCCCAGCCCAACGUCCUCACCGGACUCAACCACCAGGCCGUCGGCGCCACCAUUUACUUGAGGCCCGAGGUUUGGGUGAACGCCAGCAUGGCCCAGUACGCGCAGCAGAUCGCGGCCCAGUUCCCCGAGAUCGUGCUGAGCAUCAACAGCCAGGUCAACGGCACCGGCCUCGUCGGAGGCAUCGCCUUCUCCGCCUACACCUGGCAGCGCUGGGGUCAGUUCCUGCCCAUGCCCAAGGGUCUCUUCGACUUCCCCGGCUACACUGGUCCCGAUGGUUGGCCCGUGAUGCCCCGCACCGGCGGUGAGCUGUUCAUUCACGCGAAGGCUUCGCGCCGUGACGUGCUCUACGCUCUCGUGACCACCUUCGUCGACUACCUCGGCGAUGCUAUCGUGGACCACAUCGACGUGAUUGAGGCCUGGCAGAACGUGCUCGACGGUGAGAACCGUGACUUGACGGGCUACGUCGACGGCAGCGUCAACUGCCCUCCCGACCAGAAGGUGCCCCAGGGCCUCAUCGGCGCCGAGGACAAGUACCACACCAACGGCUCGUUCGCUAUCGCCCAGCGUUGGGUCCACAACCUCAAGGCUUUCCUUGCGAUGAACGGCACCUUGCAGAACGACGUGUUCGGUCGCACCAAGAAGGAGUCGAACGAGCUCCCCAACCCGCCCCUCACCUCGCACAUGGUGCGCGUCAGGCAGUCCAACUUCGGCUACUUCCUCGUGCGCCAGGCCAUGCCGUGGGGUGACGCCGUGCGCAAGAACGCCGGCCUCUUCUUCAUUGCCUACACCAAGGAUGCCCACAGGCUGGACGCCAUGUGUGCCUCGAUGGUCGGCCAGGGCACCUUCGCCACGCCUCCCGGUCCCUACGAUGCCAUCAUGAAGUUCUCCGACCCCGUGGCCAACAACUUCUGGUAUUUCCCUUCGAUGGAGGUCCUCAGCCAGCUCUACUCCCAGGGCACCUGCUGCCAUUAA